AUGCGUUGGUCCACAUUAUUGGCCCUCGGCUCUGUGGCCGUCGGCUCCGUGGCUGCCAGCCCGGCUGCUCCUCCUCCGGCCAACCACUACUACCCUCGCUGGCGGCAUCAUCAUACCAACACCACCACCACCGUGCCGCCGACGUCGAGCAUCGAGGAGACCACCUCGACGGCGCCGCCCUCGUCCAUCACGCCGUGGACGACGACGCCUGAGAUCGACGUGACCGUCACGGCCACUGUUGAGACCACCAUCAGCUGCUCGACCUUUACCACGUCCGGCACUACCUUUACCGUCACCUACACCACCACCAACACGAUCCCGUGCCAUGAGUGCACCAAGACCAAGUCCACCGCCACCGUCCCGACCGUGCCGGCGAGCAGCAGCACGUGGGUUAGCAGCACUCCGAGCAGCAGUGUUUGGUCUACUACGUCGACGGUUGAGAGCAGCAGCACUCCCAGCGUUUGGUCCACGUCUGUUGCGAGCAGCAGCACUCCCAGCGUUUGGUCCACGUCUGUUGCGAGCAGCACCACUCCCAGCGUUUGGUCCACGUCUGUUGCGAGCACCACUCCUAGCGUUUGGUCUACCACAUCCGUCGCGAGCAGCAGCACUCCUAGCGUCUGGUCUUCCAGUUCCAGCAGCAUCCCGACCGUUCCUCUAAGCACUGCCCCAACCACGGCUCCGAUCACUCCCACCACUGCUCCCACCACUGCUCCCACCACUGCUCCCACUACGGCUCCCUGGUCCACUGUCCCGGUGACCAACGUGACCGUCACGUCGACCGUUGAGACCACCACCAGCUGCUCGACCUACACCUCGUCUGGCACCACCUACACUGUCACCUACACCACCACCAACACCGUUCCCUGCCAUGAGUGCACCAAGACCAAGUCGACGGCGACGAGCUCUGUGCCGGUAAGCAGCCCGGCCAGCAGCACUUGGGUAGUCAGCACCGUCUCCGUGCCGCUGUCCACUGGCCCCAAGUCGACGCUGUCCACGGUGACAUACACGCCGUCUGUGCCCCUCUCCACCGGACCGUCGACGACGCCUGUUCCUUCGACCGUCUGGACCCUGACGACGUCUUCGGCCUCCUCGUCCGCCUCGUCGACCAUCACGCCUACAAUCUCCGUCCCCCUCACAACGGCUCCCGGCACGACGCUCUGGACCGUCACCACGCCGACGACGGCACCGUACUUCAACCAGACGACGACAGUGACGUCCGAGUCGACUGUGCCGUGCACCACGUCGACCGUCACCUCGGGCAGCUCCGUCUACGUGACCACCAUCACCCUCGAGACCACCACCACGGCUCCCUGCACCACGGCCACCGUCACGUCCAACGGGUCGACCUACGUGACCACCAUCACGUCGACGGCCACCACCACGGCCCCGUGCACCACCUCGACCGUCACCUCGAGCGGCUCCACGUACCUGACCACCAUCACGUACUCGACCACCACCACAGCACCCUGCACCACGUCUACCAUCACCUCGGGCAGCUCUACCUUUGUGACCACCAUCUACUCCACGUCGACCGUCCCGACCGUUCCGACCGUCCCGUACACCACAGCGACGGUGACGUCGAGCGGCUCGACCUUUGUGACGACCGUCUACUCCACCACCACCUCUACCGUGCCGUGCUCGACCUCGACCAUCACAUCCGGCAGCUCGACCUACGUGACCACCCUCUACUCGACCACGACUUCGACCGUCCCCUGCACCACGUCCACCGUGACGCAAGGCAGCUCGACGUACGUCGUCACCAUCACGCCAUCCACCACUCCAUCCACGCCCUUGACCACGCCCUCGACCACGCCCGUGGUCCCGACUUCGGCCACGGUCACCAUUGGCAGCUCGACCUUUGUCACGACCUUCUCCUCGACCACGGAGACGGUGCCCUGCACCACCUCCACCGUGACGUCUGGCAGCACGACCUACGUGAUCACCAUCACGCCCUCGACCACGCCGUCUACGCCCUCGACCACGCCGUCUACGCCCUCGACCACGCCCGUGGUCCCUGCCACGUCUACCGUGACGAUUGGCAGUUCGACCUUUGUCACGACCUUGUACUCGACCACCGCGACAGUGCCCUGCACCACAUCGACAGUGACCCUUGGCAGCUCCACCUACCUGACCACCAUCACUCCGUCGACCACGCCGUCCAUCCCGUCGACCACGCCGUCCGUCCCGUCGACCACGCCCGCGGUCCCGACCACCUCCACCGUGACCCUUGGCAGCUCCACCUACCUGACCACCUUCACGCCGACCGUCCCGGCGACGCCCGUCACCACGGCCACCUCGACGGCUCCGACGGCCUUUACGACCUGCCCCUGCUUCACGGCGACGACCUGCGUGAUCAUCGGCGAGACGGUCGCGUCGACGACCGUGUCCGACUGCCUGCUGGUGCGCGCCACCCUCGUGGCCGCGACCGUGUACGACAGCGUGCUCGUCGACGCGGACGUGCGGGCUGGCUCGUCGCUCGUGGGCGUGCGCCUGACCGGCGGCUCCAUCGCCAACGCGACCGUGCACGAUGCCGACCUGCAGAACGUCACCGUGGCCGACAGCGCGCUCACGGCCGUUCGGCUGCAGGGCUCCAACAUCAAGGGCGCCGUCAGCGGCGUCGAGGUGCUCGCCCAGGGCAUCGCCCUCGUCGGCACCGACGUCACCUUUGACUGGGACGCCGACAGCCGCGUGCAGAACGAGACAACCGCGGCCAUCUAG